AUGAAUCUAGAAUUAGUUGAUCCUUUCUCUAUUCCUGAUUACCCAGAGACGCUGACAGGGAGCCUACGCUACGGACAUGCUACGAGUAUCAGAUUUAACAAAAUUGGAAAUGUGUUGGCUGCAGGGCUUGUAAAUGGACUGGUCGUGGUCUGGGAUGUAUCAACGUCUUCAGUAGCCCGGAUCCUUACAGGCCAUACCAGAGCAGUACAGUCUGUUUGUUGGUCAGAAUGUGGAAGAUUUCUGUUGUCUGCAGCUAGGGAUUGGAAGUGUAUACUUUGGGAUUUGCUUGAUGGGUCUGUCAGGUACGUACUGAGAAUGUCGGCGCCAGUUUGGGCAGCUGAAUUGCAUCCUUCUAAUUUGAAUAUGUUCGUGGCUUCUAUCCUAGAAGAUUCUCCCUGUCUUGUUGAGGUUGGAGACGGAAUUCCUCAUUUUACUUCUCUUCCUUCCAUUACUGAAGGACCUCAUUCUCUGACGGAUAGAAGAGGAAACUCAAAACACGUAACUCUCGUUUGCAUAUUCCACCCUUCAGGAAAGUAUAUUAUAUCCGGGACUUCAAAGGGAUGGUUACAUGUUAUUGAAAUCAACCCCAUCCGUAUAAGAAGCUCUAAUCGAGUAACGUCUCAAAAUAUCAAGCAACUGCGACUGAGCUUUUGUAAAAGGUAUCUAAUUAUGAACUCAACAGAUCGAGUGAUACGUACGAUAAGCAUACAAGAUUUGGAAAAUUUUGAAGUGGAACAUAAGUUUCAAGAUGUGGUAAAUCGAUUACAGUGGAACUCUUGCGGAUUUAGUCCUAGCGGAGAAUAUGUAUUGGCUACUACGUAUCAAAUGGCACAUGCCAUUUAUGUAUGGGAACGAGGUAUGGGGUCGCUCGUCAAAAUAUUGGAGGGUCCAAAAGAAGAGCUUGUGGAUGUAGAUUGGCACCCGGUAUUGCCUUGUAUAGUGGCGGUUGGUUUGGAUACAGGAGCUAUCUACAUGUGGUCAGUUGAACAAAAAGAAAGCUGGAGUGCAUUUGCUCCGGAUUUUCAGGAACUUGAAGAAAACAUAGAAUAUGAUGAGCCCGAAGAUGAAUUUGACAUUCACGACGAGAAAAACGAGAACAAGGAAGAGAUGGAAUUGACAGUACCUGUCAAAUUGUUUUACGGUUGUUCAUCUACAAACGCGCCAUUUACUAUUCCCUUAAACCUUAACUCAUUUGAUGUAUAA